CGAGGCCCACAGCCGAAAACCUUUUCCUACUCCAUUGCACCCCGCCCUGCGGCCCCAUGCCGCCGCGCCGCCGAAGCCCUCCCCUACCUCGCCACCCCAACCUGAUGUCAAUCCCGGCCUCACCACGGACCCUGAAGCCUCUUCCCCCGGCCGCGGCCCCGAUUCCGCGCAGCCGACCAUCUCGGCCGCGAUCCUCGCCAACCUCCCGCCCAAGCUGCGCCAGGUCUACAGGCACGUCUUCGCAGCCGGCAGCAUGGGCAUGUCGGUGCGGGGCCUCAGCGGGGCGACGGGGCUGAGCAGCUCCGCCGGCGGCAGUCAGUUGCGCGACCUGGUGGGGCUUGGCGUCCUCAAGGAGGUCCAGGACGUGCGCAACCGCAGGAGGAAGCUCUACAUGGCCGCCGAAUUCAGGCCCUCCGACGAGGUGUCCGGCGGGACGUGGUACCACGACGGGAGGGUCGACGCCGACGCCGACGCCAUCGCCGCCGCGCGGCGCAGGUGCCUCGCCCAGGUGAAGCGGUUCGGCGCCGCGACCGCGGACACGAUCCGCCGCGCGGGCAUCGCGAGGGACGAGCCCGCGGGGGCCGGGUACGCCAUGGACAGGAUCGCGGACGUCCUCCGGAUCAUGGUGCUCGACAAGUCGCUGGAGGAGGUCAGGAGCACCGGGGAGGGGGAGCUCGCCGGCGUCAGCAGGGGCGAGAUGUGCUACCGGGAGCCCGAGAAGCAGCAGCCGGGAGGGAUGAUGGAGGCGAUCCCGUGCGGGGUUUGCCCCGUGAUCGAUGAUUGCUCGCCGGAGGGGGUGAUCUCGCCGAGCACCUGCGUCUACUACCAGAAGUGGGACUUCUAGCCUGUGAGCUCCCCUGCAUUAUGCAUUGCGAUGGCGUUGGUUGGAAAAUUCAGUUUCACAGUUUGGGCCUGUUUUACACUGCUAUAGUGCUAUUGGAUUGCCUACCAUAGCACGAUCUUAGAUAGGGAAGGGUAUGUUAUGUACCUGAAUUUGUUACUUAGAUAAAAUAGUUUUAAUUGCAUAGUUAUCGCUACUUAGGUCCUUAUUUUGCUAGCAUUUUUGUGUAGUACAUAUUUGCUAUUUGCUUCAAAGUUUGGAUAG